GUUAUCUGAUCCAUCACCAGAGGUGCUCAUAAGAGCUCUGGGAUAAAGCCGCUUCUGGGUAGUGUUCCUUUUAAAAUCCACCUGCACCUGCUGUUGACGAGGGAAAAUCCUGAGAGUCCACACACAGAGAGGUGACGAUGACAUCCUUAGCAGGCCGAGUUGCCCGUCAGCAGGACAGAGCACUUGGCAUCGGCACCAACGAGAACGCGGCGAAGUUUGGUGGUCAGGAUUAUGAAUCUUUACGGCAGCAGUGUCUGAGCAGCGGACGACUGUUUGUGGAUAACAACUUUCCAGCUGAGAGCAAGUCACUAGGCUACAAUGAGCUAGGGCCAUACUCAUCAAAGACCAGGGGCAUUGUGUGGAAGAGGCCAACGGAGUUGUGUGCCAAACCAGUGUUCAUUGAUAAUGGAGCCACCAGAACCGAUAUUUGCCAAGGAAGCUUAGGUGACUGCUGGCUUCUGGCAGCCAUAGCUUCUCUGACUCUGGACCAGGAUAUCCUGGCGCGGGUGGUGCCACCCGAGCAGAGUUUCACUGAAGAUUAUGCUGGAAUAUUCCACUUUCAGUUCUGGCAGUACGGCACAUGGGUGGAUGUGGUGAUUGACGACCGUUUACCCACCAAAGACGGAAAGCUUCUGUUUGUUCACUCAGCGGAGGGCUCAGAGUUCUGGAGCGCCCUGCUGGAGAAGGCUUACGCUAAGGUGAACGGCUGCUACGAGGCCCUGUCUGGAGGAAACACCAUAGAGGGUUUUGAGGAUUUCACAGGAGGAAUUGCGGAGAUUUAUGAACUGAGUAAAGCUCCUCCUCAGCUCUUCCAAAUCAUCAAGAAGGCCCUGAGCCUGGGCUCCCUGUUGGGAUGCUCUAUUGACAUCACAAGUGCCUAUGAGACAGAGGCAGUUACAGCUCUGAAGCUUGUAAAAGGACAUGCCUACUCUGUAACUGGAGCAGAAGAGGUUAAUUAUCGAGGUAGGGCGGUUCAGCUGGUCCGCAUCAGAAACCCAUGGGGACAGGUGGAGUGGACGGGGCCUUGGAGUGAUGGAUCCAGAGAAUGGGAUUACGUCAGCUCAGAUGAGAAAUUAAAGUUGAACAAUGUGGCUGAGGAUGGAGAGUUCUGGAUGUCCUAUCUAGACUUCAUCAAGAACUUCUCCAAGGUGGAGAUCUGCAACUUGACCCCAGACACGCUCUCAAGCGACGAAGUCGGCCGCUGGAACAAUUACCAGUUUGAAGGCAUGUGGAGGGUUGGAUCUACUGCUGGCGGCUGUCGAAAUAAUGCCGCAACAUUCUCAUCCAACCCUCAGUUCGUGGUACGUCUGGAAGAGGUGGACGAUCAUCCUCUGGAUGGAAAGGACGGUUGCACCUUUCUGGUGGGGCUGAUGCAGAAGGGUGGGCGACAGAAUAGGAGGCUUAACAGUGACCUGGAAGCCAUUGGAUUUGCCAUUUACAAGGUCCCCGAUGAGUUCAAAGGCCGAAGCAACGUUCACCUUGGCCCUGAAGUGCUGCUGCGUCAGAAAGCCGUUGCUAUGAGCAGCACCUUCAUCAACACCCGCGAAGUCUGCGAGCGCUUCAGACUCCCUCGUGGGGAAUACGUCAUAAUUCCCUCAACCUUUCUGCCUCACAAGAACGGCAGUUUUCUCCUCAGGGUUUUCUCUGAGAAAGAGGCCAGCACCAGUCGCCUGGAUAAGAAAAUUAAUGCUGACAUAAAAGAGAAAGAGGUUUCUGAAAAGGACAUGGACCCAAAUUUCAAGAAACUCUUCAAGCAGAUUGCUGGCAGCGAUAUGGAAAUAUCUGCAUUUAAACUGGUUGAAAUGUUGAACAACAUCGUGUCUCAUCGUUCUGACAUAAAGACACACGGAUUCAGCAUUGAGACCGGGCGUCUCAUCGUCAGUCUGCUGGACAAAGAUGACAAUUCCAUGUUGGGAUUGACUGAAUUCUACGUGUUCUGGAACAAACUUCAGAAGUAUUUGGAGAUCUUCAAGAGUCACGACACGGACAAAUCUGGCACAAUGAGCUCACAUGAGAUGAGAGCAGCAGCAGAUAAAGCAGGGUUUCAGGUUAACAGCGCCCUCUUGCAGGCCAUCGUCAAUCGUUACGCCGACGCUCAGUACGCCAUUGACUUCGACAACUUUGUGGGCUGUCUGAUUAAACUGGAAAUGCUCUUUAAAAUGUUCAAGACCCUGGAGAAAGAUAACUCAGGGAAGAUUGAGCUGAAUCUGCAACAAUGGAUGUGCCUGGCAAUCUAUUAAAGCAGAAGAUGAAACAAGCAGGAACCAAGAAGAAAAAAAUGAUUUUAAUCUAGACAUUUUCAGUUAGAUCUGAGUGAUUACAAUUCAUGUGUAAAACUUCCUAAAAUUGUUAUGUGUGUGUCGAUGUGUUUCUUUUUUGGAUGUUUUAGACUAAUUUUACACUCUUGCAUUGCUAUGCUUUAUCUUUUGU